AUGGCCAGUGAAGAUAGUAGUAAUUUUGCAGCGCUGAAGACCUCCAUGGAAAAACUCAACGUACAACCAUCAUCAUCUAGCCAAAACGACGAAGCUGCUGCUGUUUCUGAUAACGGCGUGGAGGUUACUUGCUUCACGGAGGUCCUCGAUGACGUAACCCUUCACCUCCAGAUUAUCCAUCUCGGCAAACAGAUAUAUGCAUGGAUUGGUUGCAAUUCUGGUAAAUUAGGUCACUUGUAUGCUGCUGCACCCACUCGCCCUUUUUUGAUUGAUUUUGUUGUUGUGCGGUUUGCUUUGUUGAUGUAUUUCAAGAAUAAUACGGCAAGUGUAACUUGUGUACUCGGAGGAAAUUCUGAUAAUACAGGAACUGGCAUUGCUCGACGAUUAGUGUUGAAGACUGGACUUAAUAUAAUGUUGGCUUCUAACGUUCCUAAGAACAGUCCCUUGCUUGAGGCAAAUGCUGAGAAAAAAUUGGUGGAGAAGCUAAUACAUUUGGGUGGUUCGCAUCGCAUGGGGAACAGCUUUUUGGCUUUCACCCCUGUAUCCUGCACAUUUUUAGUGGAAUUUGUUGCCAAGAAAGAUAUUGUCGCCAUCAUGCCAGAUGAUGUCAGCAAUAUCACUCCUCCUCCUGGUGCUUUAGCAUCCAUAUCCGAUGCAUCACCCGUCCAUUACAUAGUUAAAAUGGAGUCAUUUUCGUUAGUAACGAAAAAUGCAGUGGAGAAACAUGAAUCGGGGGUUUUUGAAGCUGGAGGCUACAAAUGUCUGAUUCAAGAGAAAAUGAUGCCGCUCUCUAAUGUUUUGGCCUUGUUGCCGAGGUUAGAUGCAGCAGGAAAGGAAACACGUUUCCAUGGAUUGAAGUUUUCGUGGGGUUUUGAUCAGUUCGUUAAGCUUUCAACAUUUAAUGAUGCUCGUCAUGGGUUCCUUCUGGACGACAGUUGUGUGUUUGGAGCAGAAGUAUUUGUCCGCAAAGAAAGAAGCAGAGGCACAGGAGAGCUUUUAUCAAUGAUAAAGCAACCCGAUCCUUUCGAGUACACUUGGAAGAUCAAAAACUUUUCCAAGUUGGAUGAAAAACGUCAAGAAUCAGAAAUAUUCAGCAUGGCAGAUCAAAAAUGGAAGAUAGUGCUCUAUCCCAAGGGAAAAGGUCGUGGAAUGGGCACCCAUCUUUCUCUGUACUUGGCUUUGGAUUUGGCAACCCUCCCUACUGGUUACAGACUAUAUACGGAGUACACCUUGCGCAUUCUGAAUCAAUUCUGGGGGAGGGAGUCAGAUCGUUAUGUUAAAGGUAAAAACACAAACGAGCUCUUUGCCUGGAAGAUUAUACAGCAGAGGAGAUUCUUGGAUUUUAUAUUUUUUUCUUUUCUGUCGAUGAAAAAAGAGUUCAGAUUGUUUCUUCGACUUGCAGCUAAACACUGGUUUGAUGCCUCAAGCUCAGAAAGAGGAUGGGCAAGAUUUAUUUCACAGGAUAUUAUUUAUCAGCCAAACGGAUCCUAUGUUGUGAAGGACACUUGCAUAGUAGAAGCAGAGGGAGAAACACAGAAGAAAAAACAAAGAGAGAGGAAGGACGACACGUGUGCAACACUAGCGGAGCCAUUUGAGUGGGUGGGCUAUGGAGCUCGCCGUCACCAAGAAGUUUGCUCCAGCUCCAGGCAUUUCCGCACAUAUCAUUUCCUAUGUGAGGAAGAAGCUUGCCUUGCCGACGAGUUUGUUGUGUUUAUAUCUGAGAUUGAUUUUAUGUCAGCCUGGUGCAGUGCCAGUUGGGCUGCAUCCAUUAUAUCACUAGUGGAAUUUGUUGCCAAGAAAGAUAUUGUCGCCAUCAUGCCAGAUGAUGUCAGCAAUAUCACUCCUCCUCCUGGUGCUUUAGCAUCCAUAUCCGAUGCAUCACCCGUCCAUUACAUAGUUAAAAUGGAGUCAUUUUCGUUAGUAACGAAAAAUGCAGUGGAGAAACAUGAAUCGGGGGUUUUUGAAGCUGGAGGCUACAAAUGUCUGAUUCAAGAGAAAAUGAUGCCGCUCUCUAAUGUUUUGGCCUUGUUGCCGAGGUUAGAUGCAGCAGGAAAGGAAACACGUUUCCAUGGAUUGAAGUUUUCGUGGGGUUUUGAUCAGUUCGUUAAGCUUUCAACAUUUAAUGAUGCUCGUCAUGGGUUCCUUCUGGACGACAGUUGUGUGUUUGGAGCAGAAGUAUUUGUCCGCAAAGAAAGAAGCAGAGGCACAGGAGAGCUUUUAUCAAUGAUAAAGCAACCCGAUCCUUUCGAGUACACUUGGAAGAUCAAAAACUUUUCCAAGUUGGAUGAAAAACGUCAAGAAUCAGAAAUAUUCAGCAUGGCAGAUCAAAAAUGGAAGAUAGUGCUCUAUCCCAAGGGAAAAGGUCGUGGAAUGGGCACCCAUCUUUCUCUGUACUUGGCUUUGGAUUUGGCAACCCUCCCUACUGGUUACAGACUAUAUACGGAGUACACCUUGCGCAUUCUGAAUCAAUUCUGGGGGAGGGAGUCAGAUCGUUAUGUUAAAGGUAAAAACACAAACGAGCUCUUUGCCUGGAAGAUUAUACAGCAGAGGAGAUUCUUGGAUUUUAUAUUUUUUUCUUUUCUGUCGAUGAAAAAAGAGUUCAGAUUGUUUCUUCGACUUGCAGCUAAACACUGGUUUGAUGCCUCAAGCUCAGAAAGAGGAUGGGCAAGAUUUAUUUCACAGGAUAUUAUUUAUCAGCCAAACGGAUCCUAUGUUGUGAAGGACACUUGCAUAGUAGAAGCAGAGGGAGAAACACAGAAGAAAAAACAAAGAGAGAGGAAGGACGACACGUGUGCAACACUAGCGGAGCCAUUUGAGUGGGUGGGCUAUGGAGCUCGCCGUCACCAAGAAGUUUGCUCCAGCUCCAGGCAUUUCCGCACAUAUCAUUUCCUAUGUGAGGAAGAAGCUUGCCUUGCCGACGAGUUUGUUGUGUUUAUAUCUGAGAUUGAUUUUAUGUCAGCCUGGUGCAGUGCCAGUUGGGCUGCAUCCAUUAUAUCACUAGUGGAAUUUGUUGCCAAGAAAGAUAUUGUCGCCAUCAUGCCAGAUGAUGUCAGCAAUAUCACUCCUCCUCCUGGUGCUUUAGCAUCCAUAUCCGAUGCAUCACCCGUCCAUUACAUAGUUAAAAUGGAGUCAUUUUCGUUAGUAACGAAAAAUGCAGUGGAGAAACAUGAAUCGGGGGUUUUUGAAGCUGGAGGCUACAAAUGUCUGAUUCAAGAGAAAAUGAUGCCGCUCUCUAAUGUUUUGGCCUUGUUGCCGAGGUUAGAUGCAGCAGGAAAGGAAACACGUUUCCAUGGAUUGAAGUUUUCGUGGGGUUUUGAUCAGUUCGUUAAGCUUUCAACAUUUAAUGAUGCUCGUCAUGGGUUCCUUCUGGACGACAGUUGUGUGUUUGGAGCAGAAGUAUUUGUCCGCAAAGAAAGAAGCAGAGGCACAGGAGAGCUUUUAUCAAUGAUAAAGCAACCCGAUACUUUCAAGUACACUUGGAAGAUCAAAAACUUUUCCAAGUUGGAUGAAAAACGUCAAGAAUCAGAAAUAUUCAGCAUGGCAGAUCAAAAAUGGAAGAUAGUGCUCUAUCCCAAGGGAAAAGGUCGUGGAAUGGGCACCCAUCUUUCUCUGUACUUGGCUUUGGAUUUGGCAACCCUCCCUACUGGUUACAGACUAUAUACGGAGUACACCUUGCGCAUUCUGAAUCAAUUCUGGGGGAGGGAGUCAGAUCGUUAUGUUAAAGGUAAAAACACAAACGAGCUCUUUGCCUGGAAGAUUAUACAGCAGAGGAGAUUCUUGGAUUUUAUAUUUUUUUCUUUUCUGUCGAUGAAAAAAAGUUCAGAUUGUUUCUUCGUCUUGCAGCUAAACACUGGUUUGAUGCCGCAAGCUCAGAAACAGGAGGGCCAAGAUUUAUUUCACAGGAUAUUAUUUAUCAGCCAAACGGAUCCUAUGUUGUUAAGGACACUUGCAUAG